UCUACAUAUAAAAAAAAUGGGUAUUAGUUUCUCAUCCUUGUUCAAUGAACUCUUUGGCAAAAGAGAGAUGCGUAUUUUGAUGGUUGGUCUUGAUGCUGCCGGUAAGACAACCAUCUUAUACAAACUUAAAUUAGGUGAAAUCGUGACCACCAUUCCUACUAUUGGUUUCAACGUCGAAACUGUUGAAUAUAAAAACAUUUCCUUCACCGUUUGGGAUGUUGGAGGACAAGACAAGAUUCGUCCCCUCUGGAGACAUUAUUUCCAAAAUACCCAGGGUAUCAUCUUUGUUGUUGACUCUAAUGACCGAGAUCGUAUCUCAGAAGCCCGUGAUGAACUUCAACGUAUGUUAAACGAAGAUGAACUUCGUGAUGCUCUUUUACUUGUGUUUGCCAACAAACAAGAUCUUCCUAACGCUAUGAAUGCUGCUGAAAUCACUGAUAAACUCGGUUUACACUCUUUGAGAAACAGACACUGGUAUAUUCAAACUGCCUGUGCAACAAGUGGUGAUGGUCUUUAUGAAGGUUUGGAAUGGUUAUCUUCCAACUUGAAGAGACGCUCUUAAGCUUCAUUUAUAAUUAUUAGCUUAUAAAAUAAAUGUAUCAUAAAGUUUCAUUCCUUUUUUUUUUUGUUGAAGAGGGGAAGUAAAUCAUCAAUCAGAAAGACAAUAGACGUUUUCUGUACCUUUCUGAGUUUUUAACAUGGAAAUCAAUUACUUGCUUUAUUGCUGCAGUCAACAAGAAAGGGAGG